CGCUGCUGCUCCGGCGCCAACAACACCGAACCGACAACGACGACCGUCCUGCGCCGUCCUCUACACGCACAUCCGGCGCAAACCUCCCCCAACCUAACUUUUGUCUUUCAACCCUCCAUCACCUAAUCCUCCUCACGAACAAAUCCUUCCAUCACCUGUCCGCCCACCCACACACAUCAUGGCCGCCGCCGCGUCCCCCCGCGCCGCGCUCCUCCUCCUCUCCCCCUCCCGCUCCCGCGCCGCCGCCACGCGCUCCCUCUUCCUCCUCCGCCGCUCCUACUCCGCCUCUACUUCCUCCUCCUCCUCCACGGAGCCGCUCAUCCGCGUCACCAACCUCCCCGCCGCCGGCUCCGGCCACAUCCGCGUCCUCGAGCUCAACCGCCCCUCGGCCCGCAACGCCAUCUCCAAGGCCCUGCUCGCCUCCCUGCGCGCCGAGGUUGACGACAUCCAUGCCCAGUACGACGCCGCCUCCGGGCGCGAACUGAAACACGGCGGCGGUGACGCGCAGCAGUUGGGUCCCACGCGCGCCCUCGUCCUCGCCAGCGCCGUCGACAAUUGCUUCUGCGCUGGCGCGGACCUCAAGGAGCGCCGGGGCUUUACGCCGCAAGAGACCGCCGACUUCCUCACCAACCUCAACGCCACCUUCACCUCCCUCGCCGACCUCCCCGUCCCCUCCAUCUCCGCCAUCUCCUCCCUCGCCCUCGGCGGCGGCCUCGAGCUCGCCCUCGCCACGCACUUCCGCGUCCUCACCUCCAACGCCACCGUCGGCCUCCCCGAGACCCGCCUCGCCAUCCUCCCCGGCGCCGGCGGCACCUACCGCCUCCCCGCCGUCGUAGGCCUCGCCCGCGCCCGCGACCUCGUCCUCACCGGCCGCCGCGUCGCCGCCCCAGAGGCCUACUUCAUCGGCAUCGCGGACCGCCUCGUCGAGGUUGUGCCCCCCGAGGACGAGCGGGACGCCGCCGGGGCCGCGGCCCCCGACGCGGGUGCCAAGAUCCUCCAGGUCGCGCGCAGGGCCGCUCUGUCCGAGGCCGUGCGCCUCGCCCAGGAGAUUUGCGAGGGCGGGCCCGUCGCCGUCAGGGCUGCCCUGCAGGCCGUCGCGUGGGCGCGCCCCGAGAAGGAGGCCGAGAUGUACCAGCGCGUUGUCGACACCGAGGACCGGAACGAGGCCCUCAAGGCCUUCCAGGAGAAGCGGAAGCCCGUCUUCAAGGGUAGGUAGACACACGAGGAGGUAGAACAAUAAACAUAAUGGCAUGAGAUCACGGGCCCCCAUUCGCAUCAGAGGUUCAAGGCGUGGGAUCGUAAUAACAGGCCGUCUACUUGCAAACCUCUACUCGGCUGACUCUAAACGCCGACUCGCCUCAUCGUAUCCGUGCAUGCUGUCCGUGUUUAACGCCCAACGAGCCCGCUCGCUCAAAAGUCCCUGAUGCGAUACCAAACGCGCAU